CUUCAGCGUGUUUUUUUUCCUGCUCCACAUUGCGGCAAAGCGCGAUAAGAGUUUUCUGUGUUGCGGCUUCCAUGUUGUGUUGUUUUGAAAUUCGACGGAGCUAAUGGGUUGCGGAGGAGGCUCGUGUUAAUAGAUAGAGUAGCGAGAUAAAGUAGCAACAGGCAUUGGGCAGAGCAAGCAAAUUCGGCUGGAGGACAAUGUGUUCUGCUUCAGCGUCCGUGGAAGGACGCACUUGCAAUGCAGCUGUCUCCCCGGGAACAACAGGGCACAAUUCUACGAGCAAUCGAGUAUAUUUGGAUUGUGGUGAGUGGUCUCGCCUGCACCUUCUCCUGGCGGACAGAUGUGCCGUGAAACAAAAAUAAACAGGGAGAAUGGGUGCCUAUUUUGAUAUCCUCACGCUCCCUAUCCCCGAGGAGGUGAGCACAUAUAAAUUGUCUUGUUGCGGACAAGCAACGGUGACGCCUUCUAAAAUGGAAUGUACAUUUUUUAAGUAUAAAUCCGUGCUAUCAA